CAAUCCAACUCAAAUUUACUGGUUGGACUUUCUUCUUUGCCUGCGCGCUGGAAAUACUGCCUUGAGGGUCAAGAAGCGCAGAAGAGAGGCGAACCGGAGGGUUUGCCUCAAAGAAGAAAGGAAUCCAGUGGUCGCCGAGAGAAAAGGAAACCGAAGAAGAAGAUGGGAUCGCCGGCGACGACUGGUGAGACGAAGAAGAUAGCGGUGCGGUCGUCGAUUGUCGAGUCCCUUCGCGGUUGCGGUCUGUCCGGGAUGCGAAUUGACAAGGAAGAGUUGAAGAAGCAACUAACCAUGCCGCGGUACCUGCGCUACGCAAUGCGCGAUUCCAUUCGUCUUCAGGACCCCGCCGCCGGUGAGUCCCGCUACAUUAACCGCGCUGACGGCGAGGAUUCCGCCGCCCCGCCCUGUCCCAUGGUCGUCUUCAUCAACCCCAACAGCGGCGGUCGCCACGGCCCCGCUCUCAAGGAGAGACUCCAGCAACUCAUGAGUGAAGAGCAGGUAUUUGACUUAUCAGAUGUGAAGCCUCAUGAAUUCGUACGGUAUGGAUUGAGUUGUCUGGAGAUGUUGGCGAGCCUUGGUGAUUCUUGUGCCAAAGAAACUCGUGAAAGAAUUAGGGUUAUGGUUGCUGGAGGUGAUGGUACAGUUGGUUGGGUAUUAGGAUGUCUAACAGAACUUCGCACACAGGCUCGAGAGCCAGUUCCUCCUGUAGGUAUCAUACCGCUGGGGACAGGCAAUGACCUUUCUAGGAGUUUUGAUUGGGGUGGGUCAUUUCCGUUUGCAUGGAGGUCUGCUAUUAAGAGAAUUCUUCAAAGGGCUAGUACUGGGAGUGUUAACCGUUUGGAUAGUUGGCGUGUUUCACUUGCAAUGCCAGAAGGCACAUCUGUGAAGCUACCGCAUUGUUUGAAGCCUACAGAACAGUUCACUCUUGAUCAGAGCUUUGAAAUUAAGGGAGCACUACCAGAGACAGUUGCAAGUUAUGAAGGCGUGUACUAUAAUUACUUCAGCAUAGGAAUGGAUGCCCAAGUGGCUUAUGGCUUCCAUCAUCUACGAAAUGAAAGACCUUACCUUGCAAGCGGUCCAAUUUCAAAUAAGAUUAUAUACUCAGGUUACAGCUGCACACAGGGCUGGUUUUUCACACCUUGCGUUAGUGAUCCAGGUCUAAGGGGACUCAAAAACAUUUUGCGGAUGCAUAUCAAAAAGAUCAAUAGCUCAGAGUGGGAGCAGAUUGCAAUUCCUACAAGUGUAAGGGCAAUAGUAGCUCUGAAUCUUCAUAGCUAUGGAAGUGGGAGAAAUCCAUGGGGUAAACCAAAACCAGAAUAUUUGGAAAAGAAAGGCUUUGUUGAAGCUGAUGUUGCCGAUGGGCUCUUGGAAAUAUUUGGUUUAAAACAAGGAUGGCAUGCAUCGUUUGUAAUGGUUGAACUGAUAUCUGCAAAGCAUCUAGCUCAGGCUUCAGCUAUUCGAUUGGAAGUGAGAGGUGGACGGUGGAAAAAUGCCUAUAUGCAAAUGGACGGAGAACCCUGGAAGCAGCCAUUGAGCAAGGAGUUCACCACAUUCGUGGAUAUAAAGAGAGAACCUUUCCAGUCCCUUGUUAUCAGUGGAAAAAAGUAAUUCUUAGGUGUUUGGCUUUUCCACAGCUGGAGUUCAUGAAAGGCUUUUAUAUUAUGGGCAAUCUUAGGAAUUGGCUGUACGAUACACGGAAAGUUUGGUGUUGUAAAAAAUAUGUCUUUUGUUUUAUUAAAAUGUUGUUUAUGCUUAGUGAGAAUAAUUCUUUGAUGGUUUCCAUAGCUGGCGGCGGUAGGCAUGGAAGGCAUAUGUAUAUGUAAUCCUGAGCAUUGGCUCUCCAUUAUAUUUGUUUGUGGAAAAGAAUUUUUUUGGCUAAUGACCACCUAUCCAGUUUCCAUGAUC